GUGGUCAAGUCGCCCGACUUUAUUCAAACUGCAGGUGGAAAGAAUGGUGUCUCUCUUUCCGUAGCCAGCUCUUUGCCUACAGCGCCCGACUUCUUCGAUUCUUCUCCCGGCCAUUUUCGCCGUCUCCUUGCGAAUGCCAUCGUCGUCAUGGCCGCGACCAAACCCGCCUACGACCCGAUGAAAACGGUAGAAGGCAUGUUCAAUGGCUCUGUAACACGGAUCGCCUAUGCCAUGAAAGACCCUCUGAACUACGCCCACUCUACGCGAGCCGUCCUUGUCGAGACCGCUAAGAAGUUUCAAGAUGCGCUGGAUGAUUGCGAAAUACAAAUCCUCGACGCAAAAUGGUAUCUAGAACACAAACUGGCGCAAAACAGAGCGCGUCGAGAAGCAAAAGCUAGGGAAGACAGUGCAGCAAGUGCGAAGAGAAAACGUGACGAGGUCGAAGGGGCGCAAGGGAAGCCUCAAGAGACUGAUCAAGAGAAUGCGACGAAGCGAGUGAAAACCGGCGAACUGGAGAAAUCCGCGCCGUCACAGCAACCACAGAAACAGAAAGAACCUUCACAACCACAGCUUCCGAAAGCUCCCGUUGCCGCUCCCAGUGCGAAGAUCCAGGUGUCUCCAAAGGCAGCAAAGAAGCCAAGUGUACCCAAACCGGUCGAGAAACCUCCAGCACCGACUAAGCCUAAGGUCAAGAAAUCCCAAUCUCCAGCUAUGCCGCCAGCCAAGGUGCCAGAGAAGCCGCCUGAACAACCUGCAGUCCCAGAGACUUCUGCAAUUCAGCAGAAUGUUGAAGACUAUCCCAAGGCUACUCCGCAAGAUAUGUCUGCUGGCGGCAACGAAGAUUUCAGUUUUGUAUCGAUGUUUGGAGAGCCCACUGCAGACAUGAUGGCAGGUGCAGGCAACGACAUGAAUUUCGACAUGAGUAAUCUGGAUGACGGAUUCGACGCUGCUGCUGUGCAAGACGCUUCUUUGAACUCGCUACUUCCAGGCCUGGAGUCUUAUGCGAAUCAAGCUGGCGACGACAGCUUCAAUAUGCCUGGAACUACAAAUAUGGUUGCUGGCGGUGAUGCCGGGACGGGAGGGUCUGGGCCAGCGGACAACAACCUGCCACCACCACUCAAUCCCAAUGACUUCAGUCUUCCAGCUUUGGGGCCAAACGAAUUCGACGAGCUCCUCAAUUCAAGCGACAUGAACUUUGACAAUAGUGUCAGUUUUGUCGACAGCGGCAUGAUGAAUAUGGGCGGUAUGGACAACAUGGAUAACAUGGACAAUAUGGACAGUAUGGAAAAUAUGGAAAAUAUGGAUUUCGACUUUGACAGCAUGUUCAAGUGAGCAUCUGAAACGCCACUGGCUCUGUGACCAGGCUGUUUUGACUUUGGAGGCGAAAUAGGUCGGACUAAACCAAAUCGUAAUCCUCGCCGCACUCUACCGGACAGGACUUUUGCUUGGAAAAGGGGCCAUGGGCGCGAAGGUUGGAGAGCAAAAUGGCUUGCUACUCUUUGUUCAUCUGGGAAUUGACAUGCUAGCAGCGGCGUUGGUGGCUUGAGACGGCUUUAAUGAGUCCGUCUAUUGUUUUCAGUCGUUGUCUUUACUUCUUGAGAUACCCUGGAUAUUUUACAUACACGAUUUUGUAGCACGAGAUGCGAAAGGGGAGUGCAUGCAUGUACACUACGGCCACGACAGAUGCUGUUGGAGAGGAUGGCUUCCGUCCAAACCAUUUUCUUCCGAGAGCCUCUUUUCCGUCUACCUUUUCAUGUUUGCAAAUACCUGGAACGAU